GGCGGCGCGGCGUGACCGCCAUCGUCCUGGUCAUCCUGCCGGUCUUCGCGCUGAUCUUCCUGGGCUGGCUGCUGCGCCGCCGGCAGUUCCCCGGCGAGCACUUCUGGGCGCCGGCCGAGCGGCUGACCUACUUCUGCCUGUUCCCGGCCCUGCUGGCCACGACCCUGGCGCGCGCCGACUUCAGCGAGCUCGACGUGCUGCCCAUGGCCGGCGCCAUCGUCGCCGCCAUCCUGGCGAUGACCGGCGGGCUGCUGCUGGCGCGCCGGGCGCUGGGGCUGAGCGGGCCGGGCUUCACCAGCCUCUACCAGGGGGCGGUGCGCAUGAACACCUACAUCGGCCUCGCCGUGGCCUACGGCGUGGCCGGCGAGGCCGGGCCGACCCUGGCCGGGGUCGCCCGGCAGGUGGCGAGCAACCCGCUGAUCCUGGGCUGCGCCGCCGGCGGCGCGCUCAAUCUCUCCGGCCUCGGCCUGCCGCCGGUGCUGGGCGAGACGCUGCUGAUCCUCGGCCGCGCCGCGCUGCCGCUCGGGCUGCUGUGCGUCGGCGCCGCGCUCGACCUGCGCGCCGCGCGCCGGGCCGGCGGGCCGGUGCUGCUCAGCAGCCUGCUCAAGCUGGGCCUGCUGCCGGCGCUGACCUGGGCCGGCUGCUGGGCGCUGGACGUGACCGGCACGGCGGCCUUCGUGGCGGUGUUGUUCAACGGCCUGCCGACCGCGACCAGCGCCUACAUCCUGGCCCGCCAGAUGGGCGGCGACGCGGUGCUGAUGGCCAGCCUGAUCACCGCCCAGACCCUGCUGGCCAUGCUCACCCUGCCGGUGGUGCUGGCACCGCUGGUGCCCUGA